CUGCUCUGCUAUAUGUGGCACUGGAGCUGCUCAGGAAAUCCAAGCCAAAUGUUUUCCCUAUUAGUUCACCAUUCUUUUCCUGGCCCCAACAGCCUCUGAGUCCGAGUGUGGGAGAGAGUCGGAGAGAGCGGCAGCAGAAACAGACAAGGGCGUCUGGGUCUGAGACACACUCACCAACACACACAAAACAACAAGAGACAACAACAACAAGAGAAGGAACCAGAGGAACCACAACAUAACCCCCAACAGCAGGUCACAGUAAGGAGAGAGAGUGGGGAACAGAGUGGGCGUGGAGGCUGUAGUUUGAAGACUUCAGCGCCAGGGUCAGACAUCGAACAUGGGCCAGGGGGAGAGGGGCUCGUCGGACGACAACAAGAAGGACAAGAGGCCCAUCUUCCAGAAAAAGGAGGAGCGUCCUGGGACGGCCGAGUCGCCCCCCUGCUGCGGCUGCCGCUUCCCCCUCCUGGUGGCGGCGCUGCAGUUGCUGCUGGGCCUGAGCACCGCCGUGGUGGCCUUCCUCACGCUGGCCGCCUGCAGCUCCCUCAGCGCCAGGGAGACCCCCCACUGGGCCGGGAUCAUCCUGUGUUUAACCUCCAUGGUGGGCUUCGUCCUGUACUGCAUCACCUAUGUGCCGGAGGAGAGGACCACCAAGCAGUUCAUUGCCAAGCUGCUCUACCUGAUCCUGUGUGCCGUCGGCCUGGUUGUCUCCGUGCUGGUCAUAGCGUUCGCUGCCCACCACUACGCCCAGGCCAGCAGCCUCCACUGCAGGCCGGUGGGCCAGGGGGACUGCGUGUGCACCCUGGACCCCGAAGACCCCAUCGCCCGCACCUUCAGCUACCAGGGGGUGGGCGAGUGUGCGGUGGUCACGGGGACGCUCCCAGCCUACUUCCUGGUCCAGAUCGUGCUGAACAUGCUGCAGGCGGUGGUUUGCGUGGCCGGGACCUUCAUCAUGUGGAAGCACCGCUACCAGGUCUUCUUCUCUGGCGUGCAGGCCGGCUCCUCUGACGCCCAGCAGUGGCAGAAGGUCUAACGUCCUGCCCUGGAUGGGGUGAGGGUGGGGGGGGGGGGGGGUCCCCUUGGAGCUGGUUCAAUGCUUAUUGGUUUGGAUUGAGUUGUAUUUUACUACAGAUUGGAGCAAUGCUUUAGUAUAUCAGUAGCUUUGAUACCAUUGCAUAUAUUGUGAAGCUCACCUUUACAGGAGAAAGGAUGGAAACAAUUGUGUAAAUAAAGCGCCUUUUUGUGAAAUAUCA